AAAGCAGGAAUUGCUGCUGCAGAAUGAGAUGCAUACACAAAGGAUGAAGUUCAGGCUAUCAGGGCAGCGAAAGGAAUUUGGAAAGUGGGUGGGGCUCAGGUCGCUUCUGUUUUCUAGAGCCUCCCCACACCCCAACCUCCAUCCCUGAGAAAAAGCUCAGAAUGCCUGUCUUCAGUGGAAUGGAAGUACACCAAGCCAGUGCUAGGUUGUCUCUGCAGCAACCCGACCUCCCCUGCAUGAGUGGGUCUCUGGUUUUUUGUUCAUUUGUCUUCUGUCAUCAGUUUCUUUAUUUCCACUCCAUCACCCUAUAUUCACUCUAAGCAGGUGGCUAAUGGGUCUGCAUAAGUUACAAGAUGGUUUUAAAUGCUACUAGGUUCAGUCACACAUGUAGCCAACUGUUUGUCUUUCAAAAGUCUAGGAUGGAGCUCAGAAGCUGUGGCCCAAGGACACUGGCAGGAAGAUUGACUCUCUAAGGGAGAGCGGACUACCAGCAGAGAAGGGGAGACCUCCAGCCCUGAAGACGUCACCUCAGGGAAUUCCCAGCACUGCUGCUCCUAGCUCCAUCUUUCCAGAUGGAGAUCACCAUGGGGGAUAAGGAUGACAAUGCCACCAAUACCUCCACCAACUUCUUUUCUAUGCUUGAUCCCCAUGGAGCCCCAGCUUCUCUCUUCCCGUUCAACUUCAGCUAUGGGGACUAUGAUAUGCCCCUGGAUGAAGAUGAGGAUGUGACCAAUUCUCGGACUUUCUUUGCUGCCAAGAUCAUCAUUGGCAUGGCCCUGGUGGGCAUCAUACUGGUCUGUGGUAUUGGCAACUUCAUCUUCAUCGCUGCCCUGGUCCGCUACAAGAAGCUACGCAACCUCACCAACCUGCUCAUUGCCAACCUAGCCAUCUCUGACUUCCUGGUGGCCAUUGUCUGCUGCCCCUUUGAGAUGGACUACUAUGUGGUGCGCCAGCUUUCCUGGAAGCAUGGUCAUGUACUAUGCGCCUCUAUCAACUACCUGCGCACUGUCUCUCUCUAUGUCUCCACCAAUGUCCUGUUGGCCAUCGCCAUCGACAGAUACCUGGCCAUUGUGCACCCGCUGAGACCACGGAUGAAGUAUCAGACCGCCACUGGGCUGAUUGCAUUGGUCUGGGUGGUGUCCAUCCUCAUCGCCAUCCCCUCAGCCUACUUUACGACCGAAACUGUCCUCCUCAUAGUCAAGAGCCAGGAGAAGAUCUUCUGUGGCCAAAUCUGGCCUGUGGACCAGCAGAUCUACUAUAAGUCCUACUUCCUCUUCAUCUUUGGCAUUGAGUUCGUGGGCCCAGUGGUCACCAUGACCCUGUGCUAUGCCCGAAUCUCCCGGGAACUCUGGUUCAAGGCUGUCCCUGGCUUCCAGACGGAGCAGAUCCGGAAGCGACUGCGCUGCCGCCGGAAGACGGUCUUGGUGCUCAUGUGCAUUCUAAUGGCCUACGUGCUGUGCUGGGCACCGUUUUAUGGCUUUACCAUCGUGCGCGACUUCUUCCCCACGGUGUUCGUGAAAGAGAAGCACUACCUCACGGCCUUCUAUAUUGUGGAGUGCAUCGCCAUGAGCAACAGCAUCAUCAACACCCUGUGCUUUGUGACCGUCAAGAACAACACCAUCAAGUAUUUGAAGAAAAUCAUAUUGCUCCACUGGAAGGCUUCUUACAAUGGGAGUAAGUCCAGCGCCGACCUUGAUCUCAAAACCAUGGGUGUGCCUGCCACUGAAGAGGUGGACUGUAUCAGACUAAAAUAAACCCGUGGGCCUGUCAGAGUUGAAACACAAAACCAGAUCUUCCAGAUACUGACCAGUGUGCUUGGAGACACACCACUCUUGGUUGGCUGCAAAGCAUAGAGGAAGUGGACAGCUCUUCCUGUGGACACUAUAACUGCUUAUGAAGCUUGGAAUUUCCAAGACUGAUGUGACCAGAUGUCAUCACCAGUGGCUGACGUAUAUUGAACAUCUAAUUUGUGCAAAGAGAAGGCACUGAUGAAACCUAUAUAUAUGGGCAACAUUAAGUUGGAAAAAUGAAGUAGGGAUUAACCCAAGGAAGAUGUUGGGCAUAGACAGUCUAGAAAAAACUCAUUCCCAGAAGGGAGCUCUAGUAGGAGUCAUGACUGCAGUGAUGUUCACACUGUGAGACGCUCUCUGGACCAUCUUAGCCACUCAUCCAGCACUAGUCUAGCUCAUCUCUGGAUUGUUCUCAGGCUUGCCCUCCCUGCGAACAUUUGUAGGAAUGGGACAAGAAUGCGAAAGAGUCUUCCAGCACUUCCUUUAACUCUUCUCUUGGUUUUUACCCUCAUUGUGAGGGACUUACAUGCAUGCACAUGGACAGUCCAAUAUGCAUGACCAAGUUUUGUUGAAAUCCUCUUUCACUAACAUUGCCCCAUAACUGCCUCUUGGACCUAGGGCUAUGUCCAUCAGUGGUGAGUCACAUUCAGGGAGAUGGACUUGGGGAAGAAGCCACACAGGCCCUGAAGCCAUUUAGACAGGGAAUUAUGGGGUUCUGAGUACUUGCAGCAAGUUCAGAAGGAGGACUGGACUCAGAUGGGCAUGUCUUCUUCGCCUCAUGGACUUCUUGUCCUAUGGGGAAGGGUACAGGUGGAGAAGAAUCAGAACAGGACCUCAGAAAGUGGGGUCCUGUGGUAAAUGGGGCUCAGAGCAAGGGCAUGGGUUCUCCAUGUCUAAGGGUGAUAUUACUUCCACCUCUCAGUGAUACCAUCCUGGACUAAUUAGGCUUUCCCUCAAGCCCUUCCCUUUCUUUUCAUGUGUCCAUGCUUGUGAACAUCGAAGAUAGAGAUACAACACUUCAUAGACGUGGCAAUCAGCCAUUUUUCCAUUCUCACCAGCUCUCAAAUGUGAGCCAGGAAGAGCUGUCUCCUAACCAACCAUCCUGAUAAGGUCACCUGAUUGGUGUGAGUCACUGGUGCCUGAAUCCCAUCUUUGUCAUUAGUUCCUUGGGCUAAAACUUGUUUCUCUUUUAAAAUGGAGGUACUCUUGUGAGGGUAGCCCAUCACAUUUCUACUCCUCAGUGUGAAUGAAGUCAUGUGAUCCAGUGGCAGAACCCUGGCCCCCAGGACAGAAGGGACAUACAAAGUGGUGGGCGAAGCCCGAACAAUGAGUUCCAGUGACCCCACAGGCUUACUGAAGGCUCUUCCCACUUUCUAAGCCACACUCUUCUGUAUAGUGUUUAGAAUUUUACAAUUUAGAGUUUUGGAUGGAAUAUCUGAAAUCCAGCCCUGGCUCUGUCACCUUUGUGGCUCUGGGUAAAGCCAUUCAGAGGGCACAGAAGUAAUACCUGUGAUACCUACAGAUGUGGUGGUUGUGAAGAGCUGGUGGGAUAAUAUGCGAGAAAAUUCUUCCAACCACACAAGUACAACAAAAAGAAUGGACUAGCACCAUGUGCAUCAUUCCUGGGCAAGGAAAAACCUGCCACUUUGGCAGGCUUAUAUGGAAGCCUCAUCACCUUCCCUUUUUGUUAUUCUUUGUGUGCAUGAUCCCCAUACCCGUCUUAGCAAUGCUGUAUGCGUUGUGUUUUGUUCUUAAGAACAAGUUGUUAUAAACAAGGAGGUGAGAUCUGCUGGCAGAGUUGGAAAAGGAAGUGGUGAUCAGUCCAGUCAGAAGAUGAGUCUGGGUUUUCGAAAUCUGCAGAAUCAGAGCAUGUCUGCGAUCAUAGAAGUAUUGACCAUCUUCCUGUGCCUGUUCUCAGCUGGCACGAAUCUGGGGUGAUGUGGUAGUUGUUUCUCAAUCUGUUUUUAUUACCAUGAAUGUGCACAGCUAUACAGUGACUUGCCCUUUUCCCGUUAUUUAAUUUUACAGCAGUACCUUUAUAAGGCUAUACAAGUGAUACCUGUGUGGGAUUUCCCUCUCCAAGUAUAGACAACUCUUCUUCUUUUUUUUUUUUUUGUAGCAAAGUUUAUUGUUUUAAUCACCUUUUUCUCCUGGAAGACACAUUUCAAAAGCCUAUUUAUUUCUUCCCAUUGAUCAUCCAACAGAUGCACCAUACGGUUUAAUCAGGAUGCUCUUAAAGAGUGAUAAAAAUAUCAGCCUAAACCAAACAUGCAUUGGAAAGCAAUUCUUAUUUUUUAUAAAAUCGUAUACUGCAUUCUAAAAUCAGGAAAGUUAGAGUUUGGGUUAUUUAGAUUAAAAAAUAAUAGAAUGACUUUUUUUUUGUCAUCAUGUUAUUUUUUUCCAUUAGGAAGGUUAAACAAGAGUUGAGUGUACUCAAUAGGAGCUUUUCAUAUGUAACAACCAAACCCCUUUCUCUUUUUCAGCUUAAGAUACAUGUUUUUCAUUCCCAAGUGUAAUAUUUCUGGAUGUUAGUGUCUACUUGUGAUUUUAUAGUGAAUGAAAGUUAUGUUGUUAUCAAGUGACAUUAAAAAAAUAUGAAUAUGUAUAGUUGUUGACUAUGGUGUUCCUGUGGUUUCUGUCCCUGAUCUUUUUCCUAAUCACAGUAUGAUGGACCUUUGAGUGAGUGCCGAGUAGAUGUCGAGUUCAUGACUUUAAGAAUUGUGAGUACAGGACUAACUCAUGCUAUUUUGGCCUAUAAACUUCCUCUCUCCAUCUUAAACAGAUUUAAAUGAUUUACUGUAUUUUUCGUGAAUAACACACCCACAUAAACAACAAACCCACACACAUAAUAUGCUCAGCUAGCUUAGGAAAAGAAUUCGUGAAGAGGUCUCGGGGUUUGCAAAAAAACGUAUAACACAUGCAUUAUUUGCGUAAAAUACAGUGCAUUACCUUUCCAUAAGGUGGGUCUGGUAAAGCCAUUUAGCACCUGAGUGGCAAGACUUGACUCUGAGGACCUGUUUUUGCCUGUUACAUAGACCAAGGCUAAACCUUUAAACAGGCUUACUGUUGUCACGUGCAAAGUGAACCAGGAGAUGAAUCUGUGAGACCCGCCAUGUUCAAAUUAGUGGCUGAUUCAUUGAACUGAUGGCUGCAACCUGCCCAUCAGAAAAAAAAUGGUAAGACCAACAGGGUAACACUUGUGCUUAUGUGCCACUUUUCUGUUCUCUGAAUACUUCCCAUAUGCAGAGAGAUAGGCACAUUGUCAGACACAGAAUGGUUUGUAAAAUCCAACCAUUUCUUCAACUAACACAGCAGAUAAGGGCAGAUUUACUGUGAAGCAUUUGGAGAUUUUGCCUACCGUAUACACAUUUAAAAAUAAUUUCUUCAGUCAAAGAUGCUAAAACACAGCAAUGUGGCAGUCGCCACAGCAAGCCCUCAAGCGUGAAACAAGUUCCAUGCUCAGUGUGGAAACGAAUACUAAAGAAUUUGUGAGAGGAAAGAAAAUUAUAAAUAUGAGUCCUGUUGAAAAAUAUGAUAAAUUUUGAAAUGUAUCCGUGAAGAAUGAGUCCAAUUCUCCUUGCUGGAGUGUGAGUGAGAACAUCAAAUUCAAGUCAUUCACUUCACAAUUGAAGAAACCAAAGCCCAGAAGGGGAAGAGGUAAGUUCAAGGUCACACAGCUGGGCACUGCGUAAGCCAGGGUUAGACCCGAGGCUCCUAGGCUUAGUCCCUGGUUCCUUUAUUCUAGCAUGCCUGGGUGCAGGGAGCAUCCAAAUCUUGGAAAGGGGAGAGUACAAGAAUCCUGGAGGGGAUUGUUCAUUCCCAGUCUGGCCACCUCUGGAGACCCUUAAGGAGUUUUACAGAGACAGUUCUGGCUCCUUUGCAAGCCGAGUUUAGCUCAUUCCACUCCUGGGAACUGACACACAGACAAGGAGACUCAGAGGCUUUAGGGAAGAACUGCUAAAAAUUAUCUACUGCUGCUUUUUUCUUCUUCUUGCAUAGUUGAGGGUCCCUGGAAUAUAAAAGGAAAGACAAGGCCCCAGCUUAUGAGAACAGCUGCCCUGAUCUAGGAAAGCAGAGGUGAGAGAGAAAGAAGCUGGCCUGGGCUGAGUAUCCAGGUUGGUAGAGUCUGUGUUCAGAGUUCGGUGGGCCCAGACUGCCACCACCCGCCCUCACCAGUGAGGCUGAGAGAGGUGGGAGAGGCUGUUUGACAGAGGUGGGCCUUGAACUGGGCCACGCAGGACAAGUGGGGUAUAGAGAAGCAAGAGGGUGAGCAUUCCACAAGGGAGGAUAAACAUUUCUUUUAUCUGCUCCUGGAAACUGAAAUUCCUUUAUCCUGGGGGCCAAGCCUUCUCAGACAAUGCUGGAAUUGUCAUGCCUGGAAGAGAUAUCCAAAAAAUUGAAAACACACAGAGGAGUAAGUAAGCACUAUCACAGCCUUAUCUGAAAGUAGAUUUUGGUAGGAGGGGAGUGAGGGAAAGAGAGAGAGACACUGGCUUUAUGAAGCAGGUCUGUGUGAUGGGGUACAGGAGGCAUGUGAUAAUGAGCAAGAAAUAAGAGGAAGAAGAUGCGGAGGAGGUCAUUGAAAACAAACUUGGCUGACUUUAAUACCAAAGAAGCUGAGCUGAGCACCUUACAGGAGUUACCUCACCCAGUCUUCACAACUGCCCUACGAAUCAGGGGUGAGCGUGUCAUUUUCCAGAGAGGCAGUGGAGUCUCAGGCUGUGAUUCUCGCUCAAGGUUACACAAGGAGUGAAUGAGGCACAGAGGGUCGAACCCAGGCAGUUCAACUGCAGAGCUCAUGCUUUUCAUCACUGCAUGGCAGCCUUUAAAUGAUUUUUCUAGGUCUUUUUGUGUAUGUAGCAACCCUAAUGAAUACCUUUAUCCAUUACUCAGUAGGUGAUAACUCAUCUCUUAGGUAAACCAGACAUCCUCAAAAAUGGAGGAUAGCAUAACUCCCACCUUCAUUUCCCUUUCUUUAUGAGAGGUGGUAUUUACUGCCAACAGCUGGCCCUAGUGGUCCUUAACUUUUGAGUGCCACGGUUGUGUUUGGCAUCUAGUGAAACUUAUAGCCCCUUCUCAAAUAAUGUUCUCAAAUGUAUUAAAUACAUAGGCAUGCAAAAGCAAGAAACUAUAUUGAAAUACAGCUAUCAAAAUAUAUUCAACAUCAGGACUAGAAACUACCAUAAUUUUGAGGUAGUGAUGAAGGUGAAUGAUAUUUUGAGAUCUCUCCCCAAACAGCAAUGACAUAAAAAAUGUCUGUGAUUUCUCUUGGCGACAACCUCAGUGACUGUGAUACUAGGGUGGUUUGUUUCCUAUUUCAUAAUUGCAAUAACUGCUACAGUUAAGUUAGAGGGUAGUGAGAAUGACAGUAAAUUUUUUUUUUUUCCCCCAUCCAAGUUCAUGGUCCCUGAACUGGUUAAGAAUACCUGCCCCAAAGAGAAGCUGAGGCAAGCACACACUGGAGGGGGCACUGGUGGAAAUGGAAAUGUCAGGAAAGAGAGGCACACAAAUGUAAAUAGAAUUAAAUAAACAGACCUUCACCAGGCACAUUGCUUGUAAAGACACCACAGUGAGCAUUGUGGUUCACCAACUUUCUGGCUCUAUAGCCUUUCCCAGUGGUCCCAACCCUGAUCAGUGUGGCAAAGAUUCUCCUGAGAAGCCGGGGAGGGUCUUUCCUUAUAACCUGAAGAUUCAGGACUUUCUCAUGAAAUUAUUUAACAAAUAUUUAUUUUCCUAGGUUCUGACGAUAUAAAGAUGAAUAAGACAGAAUUCCAGCUCCUGUUAAAUUAACGAUUGAUCUUCAGGAGAGAGGGCACUUUGGUUGCUGAAACCACAAGGAAAAAAAUCCUAUAAAAGUAGCAUUGCAGACAUACCUAUCGAGUCCGUUGCUUUGCUUGCUUCUCGUUUGUUACUUCUCUGCUGCUAACCAAAAGGUCAGUAGUUCAAAUUCACCAGCAGUUCCUUGGAAGCCCUAUGGGACAGCUCU